AUGAAUGUCACUCAGGUAUUGGAGGGCACUCUGUCGCCAGAUGCGACAACACGUACAAAUGCGGAACAGCAGCUUGUCCACGCGGCGGAGGUCGACUUCGCCGGAUACCUUGUUACCCUUGGUCAAGAACUGGCGAAUGAAAACACCCCCUCCCACAUCAGAACCGCUGCGGGUCUCGCACUGAAGAAUGCUUUCACUUUCAGAGAUCCUGCUAAGCUACGCGAGGUGCAAGGAAAAUGGCAGCAACAGAUCAGCCCAGAGAUUAAGACACAGGUCAAGGAGCUUGCACUCAAGACUCUGGAUUCUAAAGACACCCGGGCCGGCCAGUCUGCAGCCCAGUUCAUCGUCUCCAUUGCCGCCAUCGAGCUACCUCGAAAUGAAUGGCCCGAGCUGAUGAACGUUUUGGUUCAGAAUGUCGCAACGGGCUCCAACCAGUUGAAGCAGGCCUCCCUCAUCACAAUCGGUUUCAUCUGUGAAUCCCAGGAUGCUGAUCUUCGGGAGAGCUUAAUUGCUCACUCUAAUGCGAUCUUGACCGCUGUUGUACAGGGCGCCCGACGUGAAGAAACCAACAUGGAUAUCCGCUAUGCUGCUAUCAAGGCUCUCAGUGACUCAGUAGACUUCGUUCGAUCGAACAUGGACAAUGAAGGUGAACGUAAUUAUAUCAUGCAAGUAGUCUGUGAGGCUACGCAGGCCGAUGAUCUCCGUGUUCAGGCGGGCGCAUUUGGUUGCUUGAACCGUAUCAUGGCUGCUUAUUACGAGAAAAUGCGCUUUUACAUGGAGAAGGCUUUGUUUGGCCUCAGCAUCAUGGGUAUGAAGAGCGAAGAGGAAGAUGUUGCCAAGCUAGCUAUUGAAUUUUGGUGCUCCGUCUGCGAAGAGGAAAUUGCCAUUGAGGAUGACAACGCUGCGGCGCAAGCGGAGGGUUCUGAGGUCCGUCCUUUCUUUGGCUUCGCCCGAGUGGCGUGCAGAGAGGUUGUCCCUGUUUUGCUGCAGGCUAUGUGCAGACAGGAUGAGGAUGCGACGGAUGAUGAGUACAAUGUUUCUCGCGCGGCUUAUCAGGCUUUGCAACUCUAUGCUUCUUGUGUCCAGGGCGAGGUCAUCCAGCCUGUCCUCUCCUUUGUCGAGGAAAACAUUCGCAAUGAAGAUUGGCGUCACAGAGACGCUGCAGUUGCGGCAUUCGGCGCCAUCAUGGAUGGACCGGAUCCCAAGGUUCUUGAACCCCUGGUCAAGCAGGCCUUGGGUGUUCUUGUUGGUAUGAUGGAAGAUAGUUCCAUCCAAGUUCGUGAUUCGGCAGCCUAUGCCCUUGGUCGCGUGUGCGACUUCUGCUCUGAGACCCUGGACCCUGACGUGCAUUUACAACCCCUUAUUUCUUGCCUGUUCAACGGGCUUGCUAGCACCCCUAAGAUUGCCAGCUCCUGCUGCUGGGCUCUGAUGAACGUUGCCGAUCGAUUUGCCGGUGACGUCGGUGCGCAGACGAACCCCUUGUCAAAACACUUUGAAGAGAGUGUCAAGUCGCUUCUUACUCUCACUGAAAGGCAAGAUGCAGACAACCAGCUCCGGACUGCGGGAUAUGAAGUCCUGAACUCCUUCGUUACCAAUGCGGCGAACGAUAGCCUCCCCAUGGUAGCGAGUCUCUCCGACGUUGUGAUUCAGCGUCUGGAACAUACCAUUCCUAUGCAACAGCAAGUUGUUAGUGUGGAAGAUCGGAUCACCUUGGAAGAGGUGCAAACCAGCUUAACCAGCGUUAUAUUGGCCAUUGUUCAACGUCUCGAAACUGAGAUUAAGCCUCAAGCGGACCGUAUCAUGCACGCGAUGAUCCAGGUUCUAACAACUGUCCCUCCCAAGUCCAGUGUGCCUGAUGUCGUCUUCGCCACGGUCGGUGCUAUUGCAAGUGCACUGGAGGAGGACUUCGUCAAGUAUAUGGAACCCUUCUCGCCAUUCCUUUAUAACGCCCUCGGCAAUCAAGAGGAACCGGGUCUCUGUGCUAUGGCGAUUGGACUGGUCAGCGAUAUCUCUCGUGCCUUGAAUGAAAAGGUUCAGCCAUUCUGCGACUCGUUCAUGAACUACUUGCUCAAUAACCUGCGGAGCUCCACAAAUCAACUAAAGCCUGCAAUCCUCGAGACGUUCGGAGACAUUGCUCAGGCUAUCGGAAUACACUUCGACACAUACCUCUCUGUCGUCGCCCAGGUCCUCCAGCAGGCAUCGAUUGUAACCGCCAGCUCAGACGUUAAUAUCGAGAUGCUCGACUACAUCGUCUCGCUUCGUGAAGGAAUUAUGGAUGCCUGGGGUGGUAUUGUUUUGUCUUAUAAGGGCAAGCCUCAAGUGACUCAGCUCCAGCCUUUUGUUGAAUCUAUUUUCCAGCUUCUCCACCUGAUUUCCCAGGACCUCAACCGGAGUGAGGGACUGAUGAGGGCCUCAAUGGGUAUUCUUGGCGACAUUGCGGAGGCGUUCCCGAAUGGAGAGUUCGCGGCCUUCUUCCGCAACUCCUGGGUUACGGACUUGGUCAGAGACACCAGGAACAACAGAGACUUUGGCCCGACCACAAUUGAGACUGCUCGCUGGGCUCGCGAACAAGUCAAGCGUCAGGUCACCCUGUCUACUGCCGCAGCUAUGGCGUAA